AUGGCAGCGAAGACCUUUCUCCUUCUCCAAUCUCUUCCCUUCUUCUUCCUCUUCUUCUUCUUCUUCAUAGCUCUUCGGUCGUCGUCGCCGGCGGCGGCGGUGGUGGCGGAGGGGGAGGAUGGGGUUUCCGGCUACGGCUACAACCUCGGUGCGGUCAACGUCGACCCCUCCGGUGGCCUCCUGACGGCGGAACUCACCCUGAUACGGAGCUCCGCUCUCUACGGCCCCGAUCUCCGGGAUCUCCGGCUCAAGGCGAGGUAAGUCCGACGCCUCCUGGAUCUCCUCUCCCUGACGAUCUCCUCCGGCGGCGGCGUCUCCCCGCUCUCAGACUCCUCCGCCGUUCCCGUUCGGAAUCCUCCCUCCUCCGCCAUUCAAUUUUCUCGAGAGAGGAGGAGCAGGAGGAAGAGAAGAGGGAAGACAGAAGAAGCUCCGGAAGUACCUUGUGAUGUGGUCCUCCGCCGCCGUCGGUGGCCGCCGUCCACUCCCCUCCGCCGUUCCUGAUGGAAUAUAGCGUUUCGAUAAAGAAUACGUACGGAUAUCACUCAUUUUUAGGCGAGGAUAUAUAUAUAUAUAUAGAUAUCGGAUAAUUCAGGAUUAGAUAUUUUUCGAUAAAGUCCAUAUAUAUAUUAAUUUUUUCUGAAAUUUCCAUUAUAUUUUUAUAUUAAACUUGAGUGUAGAUAUAUCCACUUCCCCUCGUUUUUUGUUGCAGCUUUGAGACGAGAGAUCGUCUGAGAAUCCGGAUUACAGACGCCCACCGCCGGAGAUGGGAGGUGCCCGAGGAGGUCAUCCCGCGACGGGCAGGCGGCGCGGCCCCCCUCCGCGCCUCCCUCUCCGACGGAUACGGCGGCGCCGCCGGUGACCACGUCCUGACCGCGCCGGGCUCCGACUUCGUCGUCACCCUCAAAAAGGCGGCGGGGCCGCCACGGUUCGGGUUCGCUGUGUCCCGUCGCUCCACCGGCGAUGUGGUCUUCGACACCACCGGCGCCGGCGCCGCCGCGCCGGGGCUCGUCUUCAAGGACCAGUACCUGGAGCUCUCGUCGUCGCUGCCUGAGGGGAGGUCGUCGCUGUACGGAAUCGGGGAGCGCACCAGGAGGUCCUUCCGGCUAGAUCAGAACGAGACGCUGACGAUCUGGAACGCCGACAUCGGCAGCUCCAACACGGACGUCAACCUGUACGGCGCCCACCCCUUCUACAUGGACGUGAGGACCUCGCCGGCGCCGGGAACGACGCACGGCGUGCUGCUGCUGAACAGCAACGGGAUGGACGUCUUCUACGGUGGCGCCGCCAUCACAUACAAGGUCAUCGGCGGGGUGCUGGACCUGUAUUUCUUCGCCGGGCCAUCCCCCGUGGCGGUGAUGGACCAGUACACCGAGCUCGUCGGCCGCCCGGCGGCGAUGCCGCUCUGGUCCUUCGGUGAAUGAGCUCUCUCCCCCUCUCCCCCCCUUCUCUUCCUCUUCCUUUGGCCGGCGGCUUUAAUGGCAGACCUUUCUUCGUCCUCUUCUCUGACCUGCAGGGUUCCACCAGUGCCGGUACGGCUACAAGGACGUGGCGGAUCUGGAGGCCGUCGUCGCCGGCUAUGCCGCCGCCGGCAUCCCCCUGGAGGUCAUGUGGACGGACAUCGACUACAUGGACGGCUACAAGGACUUCACCCUUGACCCCAACAACUUCCCGGUGGAGAAGAUGAAGUCCUUUGUCGGCCGCCUCCACCGCAAAGGUCAGAAGUACGUCAUCAUCUUGGACCCAGGUAAGGGAAGAAACAGCCCCCCUCCCUUCUCCCUUCUCCCUUCUUCUUCUUCUUCUUGUAGGGUUUCUUCCCCGGGCUAACCCUAACCUUAAUCCUGGGGAGGAUCUGCUUGCCAGGGAUCAGCAUCAAUGAGACGUACGAGACCUAUCGGAGGGGGCUGGAGGCGGGGAUCUUCAUCAAGCGCGGCGGCGACUGGUACCGUGGGGAGGUGUGGCCGGGGGCGGUGUUCUUCCCGGACUUCCUCCACCCGGCGGCGGCCAAGUUCUGGGCGGAGGAGAUCGACAUCUUCCACCGGACCCUCCCCUUCGACGGCCUCUGGAUCGACAUGAACGAGAUCUCCAACUUCGUGACCGCCGACCCCGUCCCCAACUCCCUCCUCGACGACCCGCCGUACCGGAUCAACAACUCCGGCGUCCGCCGCCCGAUCAACAACAAGACGGUGCCGGCGACGGCGACCCACUUCGGGAACCUCACCGAGUACGACGUCCACAACCUCUACGGUCUCCUGCAGGCAAGGGCCACGAGGGACGCACUGGCAGCCCUCACCGGCCGGCGGCCCUUCGUGCUGUCGAGGUCCACCUUUGUGGGAUCAGGUAAGUACGCCGCCCACUGGACCGGGGACAACGCCGCCACCUGGAACGACCUCGCCUACUCCAUCCCCUCCGUCCUCAACUCCGGCCUCUUCGGGAUCCCCAUGGUCGGCGCCGACAUCUGUGGCUUCUCCGGUAACACCACCGAGGAGCUCUGCAACCGCUGGAUCCAGGUCAUGCCUCCUCCUUCUCCUCCUCCUCCUCAUCAUCAUCAUCUUCUUCUAGGCUUUCUUCUCCUUCUUUUUCUAGGGUUUCUUCUGAGAAAGAUAGAGAUAGAAAGAGUUAAUAGAAAAAUGAACGAGAGAGAGAGAGAGAGAGGAAUAAUAUUGAGAGAAGGUAACAGAGGAAUAAUAUGUAGGAAAAAAAUAUUGAGAGAAGAAGGUAAUACAAAGGAAUAAUAGAGCGGAGAAUAAUGGCCUUUUAUGGUCUAAGAUCCAUUGAUACUUGAGGUUAGAAGAGGCUUUGGGAUUCUCCUUUUAUAAGAGUUUCAGAGGCCUCUAGAAUUAUAAACAGAUGCUAAAUGGGGAAGGUUAGGUGUCCACUUAAUGCGAAAUGGUCAAGGAAAAACCUUCCGAGUGUCUCUCCCUUGAGAGGUGGUCCAGGAUGUGACCAUUUCUCAAGGGGAAGGUAGAUGGUUUACAUAGCCCCUCAAGCUCAUGUGAUCCACCAUGUUAAGCAUGUGUUUAAGUCAUACAAAGCGACCAUUAGAGAGCCCUUUGGUGACAACAUCCACCAAUUCAUCUUUUUUAGACAUAAACUAUACUAGAAGCUGCUUUGAUGCCACUUAAUUACGAAUAAACUUAAAACCAGUCUCAAUAUGCUUUGUUCAUGUAUGAAAGACCAGAUUAAUAGCAAGAUAGGUGGCUCCAAUAUUAUCAUAUCAUGGAGUAGUUGGUGAUGGAGUUGGAAAAAUAAGCUGAUGUAAGAGAGAAUACAACCAAAUUAAUUCUGCUUUAUAUUAUAAUUCAAUGCAAGAUUUAGCUAUAAUAACUUGCUUCUCUGAGCUCCAUGAUAUGAGAUUACAACCAAGAAAAAUAAGAUAAAAACUAGUAGAGGAUCAAUCAGUAGAAUAACCUGCCCAAUGUACAUCACUAAAGACACUAAGCUGAGGACUAGAAGAUCUUUAAAGUAAUAAAUCAUGCACAAGAGUGUAUUUUUAGAUAUCAUAAGAUGUAGUUGACUGAAACUCAGUGCUCUUGUUAGGGUCAUGCAGGAAUGAAAAGCCCAAUGUAAGUUAUUCAUCUUGGCUCUUAGAUGUAGAUUUGCAAUAUAUUUUGAUUGGGAAAUAACAUAGCCUGUAACUUUUGAACUCAAUUAUCAAGAAAUAAUAUGUUGGGCCAAGGUCUUGAACUAAAAAUUCAACAUGUAGUGAUUGGAUAAGAUUGUCAAUGCCCCUUAGAUUUGAGUACAUGAUAAGAAUAUCAUCCACAUAUAUUAGAAUAAAUAGUUGUGAAUUGUUAAUGUAACAUUAAAAUAAAGAUGUAUGUCUUAGAACCAAAUAAAUCAAGCUCUUGGAGUUGUGAACUAAAUUGUAUAAACCAUACUCUAGGAGCCCAAUGUAAACUAUAUAAAGAUUUGUGAGGAUGGCAAACAUGAUGCAGAAAGAGAUGAUACACAAAGCUUGAUAGUUGAUCCAUAAAAAUUAUCUCAUCAACAUGACAUCAAGAAAGACAUUAGGCAUGUCUAGCUGUCUUAUAGGCCAUGCAAGACUGAUAGCAAUAGCAAGAAAAAGAUAUAUAGUAGAAAUUUUGAUGACUAAAUUAAAGGUUUUAUUAAAAUCAAGAACUGAUUAUUGUCAAAAUUCUUUAGCCACAAGUUAUAGACUGAUGUCUUAUAAGUGGAAAUAUAGAUUCAAUGAAAACAGCAUGUCAAUAAAUAUGAAGCUGCUUAGUAGAAAGUGAGAAACAACAAUAGCCUAGAUGCAUAAAACUAUAGUCAAGAAAGACACAAUGUUCGAAUCAUUGAGUAAGUUUGUAUAACGUAGAAGGACAAAGGUUCAAAUAGCAGACACACCCAAAAGUGUGGAGGAAAGAAUAAUCUGAUUGUUUCUUGGAAAGACACCCAAAUUGAGAUAUUGUUUUGAGAAUAGAUGUAGGUACUCGAUUUAUUAGGUAAGCAUAAGUGGAAAUGGUCUCAUCUCAAAAUUUAUGCAACAUAGAUGUAUUAUAGAGACAAGCAAGAACAGUCUCAAUGAUGUAAUGGUAUCUACACUUUAUUGUGUUAUUUUUUUAAAGUAUAUGGGGACAAGAUACAUAAUGUUGAAUACCACAUUAUUUAAGAAGAUGAUAGAGUGAUUGAUAUUCACCACCCCAAUCAAUUUUUAGGGCAAAAAUUUGAGAGUAAAUUAACAUUUGACACAAUUUUGGAAUUAGAAGAAUAAGUUCAGAACAUCACUUUUAUGCUUAAGUUGAAAGGACCUAGUAUAUUUGGUAAAGUUGUUGACAAAAAUGAUAUAAUAAAAGAAUCAUAAUAAGAUUGUACAAGAACAUGCAUCCAUAGAUCAGAAUGACUAAUUGUAGAUGUGCUUGAGUUAUAGAAAAAGAUCAUAUAAAUGGUAACUUGUGAAUUUUUGAUAAAUAACAAGACUCACAAGAAUAUUGACUAGGACAAUGGGAAUAGACAAACUAAAUUUAUUGAUGACAUUAUAUAUGAUUCAAAAAUAUAGGUGUCAUAGCCUAGCAUGCCAUAUUAGAGGAGAGACUCAUUUUACCAAGAUAUGCAACAAGUGCAUUGUUAGAUGGAGGAAAGUAUUAGAAGUUUUCUUUAAGAUGUCCCAAUAGGACUUUUCUCAAGAUAUAAUUCUUCACAAGACAAUAAGAUUAGGGAAAUUUGACAAAGAUAUUAUUAUUUGAUGCAAGUCUUUGAACUGAAAGUAAAUUACAAGUGAUAUUAGGGUCAUGGAAAUUAUAAGAUUAGGAAAACCUGUGUAGAUUAUUAGGUCAAUAAGUGUAUUAUAGUCUAGAGUGAUGCAAUAAGUAGCCCUAUUAUCUAGAUACCAUGAUGUUGAGGUGCCUAUUAAUAGUCCUCUAGAUAGUGUUGGUGGAGUGCCAUAUGUAGUUGCAUAGACAACUAGAAUAUGCUGAACAUUUGAUGGUUGGUUCUGCCAUUAAUAUUGUUGUUGCCCAUUCAUGAGACCUCCUAAAAAAUUCUUAUUGAAAUGUGCUCCAUGUUAUGAGUCACGAUGUCUAAAUUGAAGAUAAAUUUGACAAUGUAAUCAUUGUCUGCCACGACCACAUCUAAAGCCUCCAUCACGGCCACACCCUCUACUAGCAUGUUAACUUUUAUUGGCAAAAUUAGUUGAUGAAUAUUCAAGAGCACCAUGGGAAGAAUAAUAUUGUGCCAUGAUUGUCUCAUGUGUAGUUAGAUGUGCAAGAACAUUCUCUAGAGCAAGUGACUCCAUAUGAGUAGUCACAUUGGAAAUAAAGUUUCAUAAUUUAGUCCCAAUCCUCUAAGAAUCAUUAUAUAAUCUCUUGAUCAUCUACAAGUUGACCAAUUGCAGUGAGUUCAUCUACAAUGAUCUUGAUAGAUUUGACAUAUUCUUUAAUAGAAGAUGUCCCACAUUAUGAAGCAUGUUCUAGCUAGAGCAUCCUAGACCUCCUUAGAAGUGCUGUAACCAACUAUUAAUGAAAAAAUAAUCUCCACAAGAGAGGAUAAAAUCUUUGAUCAUUUCAUUCCUAUGUAAGAAAAUCUAGAUUCAGUUAUGAGACCCUCUAUUCAUCAACCAUAGUUAUUGUCAGAGGUGGAGCAGAAUCAUCAACCAUAGACAUAAAUAAACUGAACGAAUCUUACACAAUAAGUAAUCUCGAGAUAACUUUUGUAAAAGUAAGGGCAUGACAUUUGAUGGUGCCACCAUUGGUUCAGAUGCUGUUGAGAAACUUGGCUCUGAUACAAUGAGAAAGAUGGAGAUAGAAAAAGGAAUGAGAGAGAGAGAGAAAGAGAGAGAGAUGAGUCAUAUUGAGAGAAUAAUGCAAUGGAGAGAGAAUUGAGUGGAGAAAAUAAUGGCCUUCUAGGAUGUUACAAGAGGUUAUGGGGUUCUCCCCUACUGAUCCCCAUCUCCCGCAGUUCAUGAUGUGACCAUUCCUCGAGGGAAAGUUGGAUCGUUUACAUCUUCUCUUCUCCUUGUACGGUUUCUUAUUCUUCUUCUUCUUCUUCUUCUUCUAGGGUUUCUUCUUCAUCAUCAUCUUCCUCCUCCCCCAUCAUGGUCUGGUGUGCAGCUGGGGGCCUUCUACCCGUUUGCGAGGGACCACUCCGACAAGAACACCCUCCGGCAGGAGCUGUACCUCUGGGACACGGUGGCCACCUCCGCGAGGAAGGCCCUCGGUCUCCGCUACCGUCUCCUCCCCUACAUCUACACCGCCAUGUUCCAUGCCCACACCAAGGGCACCCCCAUCGCCCGCCCUCUCUUCUUCUCCUUCCCCUCAGACCCCAACACCCACUCCAUCUCCACCCAGUUCCUCCUCGGUCCCGCCAUUAUAGUCUCCCCUGCUCUCCUCCCCGGCGCCACCGCCGUUGAUGCCUACUUCCCCGCUGGCACCUGGUUCGACCUCUUCAACUACUCCCAGAACGGUGGUGCCGCCGUCGUCUCCGCCGCGGGGCACCGGGUGAGGCUCCCUGCGCCACUGGACUCCAUCAACGUUCACCUCCGGGGGGGCACCGUGGUGCCCCUGCAGAGGGAGGGGAAGACUACCGAGGCCGUUCGGCGGAGUGGGUUUGAGCUCCUGGUGGCGCUGGACGAGGCCGGCGGCGCCGCCGGGGAGCUGUUCGCGGACGACGGGGAAGAGCUGGAGAUAGGCCAACCCGGCGGUGGUUGGACGGCGGUGAGGUUCACCGGCGACGGCGGCGGUGGGGGGCUGGGGUUGAGCUCAGAGGUGGCGCAAGGUUCGUACGCCUCAAAGGAGAAGCUGGUAGUGGACAAGGUGACGUUCGUCGGCCACAAGCUGGACCCCGAGCGCCGCCACUGUGUGCUGCUCGUCAACGGGAGGAAGGUCGCCGGCGGCAGGAAGAAGGUCGACGUGAGAUUCGCCGGUGGCGUGGUGGAGGUGCGGGGACUGGAGCUACCCCUCGGGGAGGCCUUCGAGAUUCGCCUUCAAUUCCUGCGGGAAGACCCAGCCGUACUGUUGUGA